AUGGUAGCGGAAGAGUUGAAGCUAAGAGAACUACAAGCUAUAGAAGAUGAAUGGCGUACCGACAGACUGCUGCUAGAUGCUAAGAAAGCAGCGUCUCAGUAUCAGAAAGAGGCUGAUAAAUGCAGCAUGGGUAUGGAGACUUGUGAGCAAGCAAGAGAGAAAUCAGAGGCGAAUCUAGACAAACAGAGAAGACUGUCUUACAUGUGCGAGCUUCGAGCUCGGCAAAAUGGAUGGAAAGAAGUUGCUCCCUCUGAUGAUCUCUAA